CAUGUCGUCGACAAGUUCGUCGGACAAGCAAGAACGAAAAGACCACCAGAUUGCCAAGCGUCUUCUUGUCCCAGUUACUCACUUCCACCAGUUGACGGGAACCAGAUUAUUCGAUCCUGCAGCUGUUGGCACAUCUCUGAACACGCUAGCACUUAAUGUAAGCACGGACUUGCCACCCUCCUACUAUUAGGCACCAUAGCUGCUGAACCAUGGCCGACGGCGUCGCCGGCUUGUCGUUUUGAAUUUUUCUUUAAAAGAAAUGCUUAGAGCCAAUCAACGAUCGUCGUCAAAGAGAUCAGCAAAUGUAAAGAAUGCAAAAUGGAGUUACAGAUAGGCAUUUACAUCUGCAGAUUUUUGGCAUUUCAAAAUUUUAGAUGGACUACACGUUCUGUUCUCGCUAGCAGAAAGACUAAUUUCUCACAAGUAAAUAGUAAAGGGGAAUCUUACAUGCUUGGAUUCCCUUACACCAUGUGGAGAUUAUACUUCUGGUGUAAACAUUCAGUUGCAGGGAGUUCUCCAUUUUUGUUACCUGAAGUGAGGCAAAAUUUAUUGAAUUGUAGUGGCUGUAGGAAUUUUGGUGCAUAUACUGCUAGUAAUGCCAUUCCUUACCAUGCUCAAGUUGCUUGGAAUAGGUUUUCUCAAAUAUGUUUGUAUAAUAGACCAACUUUAGCUCCAAUAAGUAGGAUGGCUCGUGCAGUGAGUGUGGCUUUGGUGCGUUCAAAUUUGGUGGUUCCACGUGUUAUUGCCUUUGUUAUUGGAGAGCUUGCUUGGACUCAUCGAACGUGGGCAGAAGCAGAAAGCUUAGCAAUAAGAGAUAAUAUGUAUUCACAAGCACUGGAUGAUCAUGUUUAUUUGAGUGCAUUAGUGCUAUCACUUUUUGAGGGCCUAAUUUUGUUACUUAGAGCUGUUUAUUUGGCAGUUCUGUUUUUACCAUGCAUAGCUAUGGCUCCAUUUGCAGAUUCUCUUAGCAAUGAGUUUAGGAAAGCAUGGCUUCAUGUAGUUAGGCUUACACUUGAAAGAGCAGGACCAGCAUUUAUCAAAUGGGGUCAAUGGGCUGCAACAAGACCAGAUCUUUUUCCCCAAGAUCUGUGUGCUGAACUUGCAAGACUUCAUGCUAAAGCACCAUCACAUAGUUUUUCCUUCACUAAAAUGACUAUUGAAAGAGCAUUUGGGCGUAAGUUGCAUGAAAUCUUUGCUAACUUUGAAGAAGAACCUGUAGCAUCUGGAAGUGUUGCUCAAGUUCAUCGAGCGACUUUAAAAUAUAGAUACCCUGGUAAGGAGAUUGAACCCAUUAUAGUUGCUGUAAAGGUUCGACAUCCAAGUGUUGCAGAAGCAAUUAGAAGGGACUUUGUAUUAAUAAAUUUUGUAGCCAAAAUUUCAAAGCUUAUACCAACACUAAAAUGGUCAAGAUUAGAGGAAAGUAUACAACAAUUUGCGGUUUUCAUGAUAUCUCAAGUUGAUCUGGCAAGAGAAGCAGCCCAUUUGAGUCGUUUCAUCUAUAAUUUCCGGAAAUGGAAGGAUGUCUCUUUCCCAAGGCCUCUAUAUCCCCUGGUGCACCCAGCUGUUCUUGUGGAAACCUAUGAACAAGGCAAAAGCGUCCUGCACUAUGUUGAUGAACUUGAUGGAGACAAAAGAAUAAGAAGUGCCCUUGCACAUAUUGGAACACAAGCACUUUUAAAGAUGCUUUUGAUAGAUAAUUUUAUCCAUGCAGACAUGCAUCCUGGAAAUAUUCUUGUUCGAUUAACAGAUGAAAAUAUAUCACAUAAACAACUUCUUGGAUCAAGACCACAAGUCAUAUUCCUUGAUGUGGGAAUGACAGCUGAACUUUCUAAAAGAGAUCGGCAUAAUGUAAUAGAAUUCUUUAAGGCUGUUGCUCUUCUAGAUGGUCGAACAGCUGCAGAGUGCAUACUUAGAUUAUCUAAACAGCAAAAGUGCCCAGAUCCUAAGGCUUUCAUUGAGGAAGUUGAGAACUGUUACAACUCCUGGAGAUCCCCAAAUGAAGUUAAUCCUGCUGAGUGCAUACAGCAGCUGCUUGAGCAUGUUAGGCGCCAUAAAGUAAACAUUGAUGGAGAUAUUUGCAUUGUGAUGGUAACGACUUUGGUUCUUGAGGGUUGGCAACAGAAGCUGGAUCCAGAGUAUAAUGUGAGUGCAUUGCAGUCAUUGCUAUUUAAAGUGGACUAUGCAGACUCUUUGUGCUAUACUAUUGAGGGACUUAUGGCUCCAUGAAAUAUUUUUCAUGAACUUCUUCAGGAAAGCAGAGGAGACUUUUCAAAAGCCAAGUCUGGUAACUUAUCUCUGAUAAGCAUGUAGGAGUGAUGUUUUCCAAUGAGACUAUCCAUCCUGAAUGUCUUCAAUAAAGCCAGGUUUUCUCUCAUGUUAUCUCUUCACGGUUCUUAAAUUUGUUGUUUGGGGUUUUUGCCAUGUGUUUUAGGCAAAAACUAAAGCAAACUUUGAGUUUGCCAAAUAUUCCCAGUUUUUCUGCUCAUAGGCUUUGAAGUUUAAUUUGAAUUUUACGAGGAGAAACACCUCCUCUGCAACCAAAGAGUUCUUAAACUCAGUUUGUUCCAAAAUAAAAAACCCAUCUACUAUCAUUCUCGAUGUGGAAUUAUUAGAUCUGUUUUAAUGUAAUGUAUAAUUAUCUCACAUUCAAGUGAGAUCCUAUACAUGCAGUUAAAUGUAAGAUCUUAGCUGUAAAAUUAGCUUACAAAUCCAAAGCUAUAAUUAAUUUGUCAUUUUAGCUGUAAUGCGUUA